GAGCAACGCAAGAUCAGCUGAAGUCUAGCUUUUCUCUACUGCAGUCGGCACUGAAGGAGGAGCAGUUGUUAUGUGCGUCACUGAGACAACAGGCGGACGAGAAGUCAUCUCUAGCAAGGCGUUUAGAGAUGAAUCAAGAGGAGCUACGCGCCUUGAGGCAAAUGUUUGAAAGCGCCGAAGAAUCUCGACAGCAUGCUACGGCAGAAGUUGUUCGCUUGAAGGAAGCCUUGCUGUUGAUUGAAGAUUCUGACUCGGAUCCCAACAAGAUUGCAUCAAGAGCUGCCCAGAUGGCUGUGGAGACAGCCAAUCUUCGCCAGCAAGUUGACUUUGUUCUAGCAAGAAACAAGACACUGCAAGACCAAGUGGAGAAAAUGGAAGCUGAUCGCAAGCAACUCUCUGCUGAGAAGGUUUCUUCAGCUUCGCCAUCACUGGCUGCAAGUACAACAAGUGAAGAGGCACUUCAAACCAACCUAUCUGAUGCGUGGAAGAAAUUAGAAGAUGCAGAGAGCAAGCAUCAGCUUCAGCUCAACUCUCUUCAACGACAACUAACAGCCACACAAGCUGACUUAGAGAGGAGCUGCAGCCAAGUUUCCCAACUGGAGUCUGUUCAAGUGUCAUCAGCAUCGGAUAUUCAAAGGCUUGAACUUCGCUGCCAUGAUUUGCAAGCUGGUUUGGACAAAGCACCUAGCCAGGAGGAAUUCACAAGGAAAACAGAAGAAGUCAAGAAGCUCGAGCUACAGCUUGCUGUUACUCCUGGACGUAGUCAGAUAGAAAAAUAUGAACAACGCUGUGCUCAACUGGAAGCCGAUCUUUCCAAAGCUCCGAGUCAAACAGAGUUUGACAGGCAAGUUGAACGAAUAUCCUCACUCGAGGCACAGCUCGCUGAAGCACCCCGUCAACAUGAGCUUUCAAAAGCACAGCAAGAUCUACAGGAGGUACAGUCAUUGCUUGCUGCAAGACCCACGGAGGAAACACUUGCAAGUCGUGAUUCUCAAAUCCAACAACUUGAGUUCCGCUUGGCAGCUGCUCCGGCUAGUACAGAUGUCAUGAGACUGGAAUCACAAGUGCAUUCACUGAAAGAAGAGCUUGCAGCAGCGCCCAAGCAAGAACAGUUACAGAAUAUGCAAACAUCACUCACCGAGGCAUUGCAGCUUGGUCGCCAGCUGCAGCAGCAGUUACUGGAGAAGGAAAGCAAGAACCUGCAACUUCAACAGUCUCUCCAGCAGAUGACCACCGCCAAUGAUGAACAGAAGCUAACCAUUGGGCAGUUAAAGGAGAGCGUGGAUACAGCCAACACGCAUGUUCGUUCUGAGGCAAGUGCUAAAGGAGCUAGUGAAGAAGAAAGUCGUCGUCUGACCUCACUGCUUGCUGCAGAAUCUGAAAAACUUCAAUCCCGUGACCAGCAACUUCAGGAUGCAAAUACCCAGCUCAAUCAACUCAAAGAGAACUUGGAACAUCUUGAUGAUGAGCGGAAGAAUCUUAUCCAACAGAUUGAGGCUGGUGAAGGAGUGACCACUGCUAUCCAACAGCUUACCCAAGACAAGGAGAGCCUGCAGCAGCUGACUUCAUCUCUUGAAGCGUCCAUACAGACUCGAGCAUCGGAGCACACUACUAAGCUAGAAGAGAUGUCUGAGCAGAAGUCUGCAUUACGAGAUGAAUUGGCAGAGAACAAAGCCAAGCGAUCAGCCGCAGAGCAGCUUGUGACGGAAUUGGAGACAAAACUAUCUCUUCUGCAGACUCAGAUUGCUCAGACAAAGGAACAACUGGAUAGCAAAACUGCUGAGUUGUCAGCUGAGCAGUUGCAAAGAGCCGAAACGCAGGCAACACUACGUGUUCUUCAACAGCAAUCAGAACAACAAGAGAAGAACUAUGAGCGGUCUCAACAGCAAUGGAAUGAUUUACAAGUGUCAUGGAAUGCAGAGAGGAGUGAAAAGAGUGCAAGUUUGGAAGCCUUACAGCAGCAGCUAAAUACGAAGACAUCUGAGUUCCAAAACAAGCUGCAAGCUCUUGAGUCAUCUCUGAGUGAGAACAAAAUCUUGCUCAUGUCCAGCGAGCAGGCUAAAAAGCAAGCCCAGGAGAAGGUUGUGGAGACAACAGCCAUGGUAGCUUCUGUCCAAGAUCAGGCUAAGAAUGAGAAAUGUCUUCUAGAAGAAACUAUAGUGGCUGGUAAAAAACGCAUUGAACAGUUGGAAGCAUCCUCAUCAGAUCUAUCUUCACAGCUCAAGCGUAAACAAGACCAGCAUGACAGUGUUGUUGUGCAACUGAAUGAAGUCAAAACACAGCUUGCUGCUGAAACACAGAAGUGCAUCUCAUUUCAAGCAACCGUGUCUGAAAAGGGCAAAGACAUGGAGAACAUGACGCGUAAUUGGAGCGAGAAGGAACGUGGCUUCAAUGAUCAGCUGAAAAUUUUCCAGGACGAGCUUGUCAACCUGACAGUCAACAUAGAGAAAGCAAAGGUUGAGCUUUCUCAAGCGCUUGAGGAAAGAGAUGCUUUUCGCCAGGAAGCUACCAGUGCCAAUGAAUUACUUCAGGUGGCACAGAGUAAAUCGACUAGUCUCAAUGCAGAGCUCCAAGCACAGCAAUCCUCCUUUGCGGAGGUGAGUCAAAAACACCAGGCCACCGCUAUUGAACUGGAGCAGAUACGCACAUCAGCUAAAGAAAGUGAAGAUAUGCUCAACCAGACAGUCACACAACUCAAUGAGACUAAAGACUCCCUUACCAAAAAGGUACUUCAACUUGAUGAUCAGUUGUCAGAAACCAAGGCAACAUUGGCAUCUACAUCAGCAAAACUGCUGGAUGUAUCAUCUGCAUUGUCCAGUGCAAGUGCUAACCUGACUUCUUCAGAAGAGAAAAGAGAAUCAUUGGAGACUCACUGUGUGCAGCUGCAAGCUAAUCUGAACAGUACAGAAGAAGAGAGGAACAAGCUUUCUACAGAUUUGUCUGAAGCAAGGACAUCGUUUGAGGUAAAGAACUCGAGUAACAAAGCAACAAUUGAACAGCUUGGUUUGGAAGCUGACAAGCUGCAAGCCAUGUGUACUCAACUGGAGCAAGACAGCGAGAAGGAGCAGGCACGGCUCAGGGUGCAGAUCACUAACCUCCAGUCAAACAUUGGCCAGUGUAAGGUAUUGGAAGCACAACUCAAAGACCAGCUGCAUGAGAGUGAGGACAGACGAGAACGCGAUGUUAGUGCUCUUGGCGAGAAUUUAACACGACUACGUAUAGAAGGUGAACAGAAACGUAUGGCACUGGAAUCCUUGGAAGAAGCGAAUAGCAAGCUGAAAACUACCAUGUCUGAGAAUCGCCAACAAGCACAGGAUGAGCAAAGAGUGUUGUUAGAACGGUGUGUAGGGAGUGAAGAGGAGGGUAGCAAGUUACAGCAGAAGCUUCAGUCAGUGGAGAAAACGUUACAAGAAACACAGGCAGCUCUGCGAGAGCUCGGCCAGCAGAAUCAAACAUUGCAGGUGCACAAAACCUUGCAAGGAGAGAGACACUGGGAAUCUGAUGAGAAGGCUACGAAUUGCCGGGAUUGCUCAGUGAAAUUCAGCGUUGCAGUUCGCAAGCACCACUGUCGAAGUUGCGGGUGCAUAUUUUGCGACAAAUGUACAUCAAAGUCAGCUAAACUACCAUCAGGAAAGAAGCCAGUCAGAGUGUGUGGAAGGUGUUAUGGUGAUUUGACAAGCUGAGGCUGGAUCCUCAGAUUUUGUGUUUGCAUCUACCAAUAAUAUUGUGCUGGUGCUGUUAUUUUUAUCGUAUAUUUUUUUAAGCAAAAUUGUUACUUGUGGUGAUAUGAAAGAUCUUUUCGCUAUUUCCUUUUGCAGCAGGCUGUGAUUGUAGCAUGUUUGUACCCCCUCCCUCCCUCCCCUCCCCUCCCUGUCCUCUUUAUGUAGCCACACUGGAUAUUUUUACUCUAGGUUUGUCGCUUUUCUUCAUGCAUCACUUCCAGACAUUAGAAAUGAUUCAUUUUAUGGUGUAGUCUAGUUGUGAUUUUACUUCUCCUUGUUGGACUUGGAGAAUGCUUCUUGCUGUUAUCUCUAUGUAAGAGUGUCCUAAAAUGGCAAUGGUGGUGUUA